AGAUGAACAUAUUCAAUGUCUCCAAACAAAUUGGUGAACAUGAGGACAUUAGAGAGGUGGAUUUGAUCCAAACAGUUUGUCAAGAACACUUUGAGAGAGAAUGGAUAAAGGAUCCAUUGGAGAGAACUUUAAUUCAUGAUGAAAGAUUUUAUUUUUUGGAAUGUGUUGAUGAGGAAGUAAGAGAGCUCGAGACUUAUCUAGAUCCAAUGCCUCUUAUGUCAAUAGGUCAAUGGACCCCAUCGUUUGAGCCUUUGAUUUCACCCCAAGUGAAAGCUGAGGCAUCUCUUGUCCAACCUUAUAAACCAGAAAGGAAGCCUUUACCGAGUGAUCUUAAGUAUGCAUUUCUAGGGGAAGAUGAAUCAUAUCCUAUUGUGAUUUCAUCAAAACUUAGCAUAGAGCAGGAACAAGAACUUUUGAGAGUGGUGAGAAAACACAAAAAAGCAAUUGGGUGGACUAUUACUGACUUGAAAGAAAUUAGCCCUCUUUUAUGUACACAUAGAAUCUAUCUUGAAGAAGAGGCUAAAACUGUGAGGCAAAUGCAAAGACGAUUGAACCCAAACAUGAAGGAAGUAGUAAGAUGUGAAGUGCUUAAGCUACUUGAUGCAGGUAUCAUUUACCCCAUUGCAAACUCAAAAUGGGUUAGUCCAACCCAAGUUGUCCCAAAAAAAUCUGGGUUGAAGUCAUUCAAAAAUUAUCUACCCCUAGGACUGUGA